AUGGCCGAGCCCAGCGGCGCUCUCAAGCCCGGCAACGGCGCUGCCCACGCCAACGGCAAGCUUAACAACGGCAAGCCGGUCAAGACACGCACGACGGCCAGGCAAAGGCGUGGCUUCAUGGCCUGGGCCGUCAGUCUCAUCGCGAGGCUCGCGACGUGGUCCGCCAUCCUCACCAUCCUCUUCCGAUGCCCCUCGUCGCUCGAGGCCUGCGACGAGUCCUCGCCCUUCAUCUGCAAGCACUACUUCCAAGCCAAGAACGCCGUCUCGCCGCACGUUCAGCCCUACUACGACCAGUACGCCGCGCCCUAUGUCGACGUCGCCCGCCCCUAUUACGACACGGUCAACUCGCGCGUCUUGACCCCGACUCGCAUCUACGCCGUCCAGUACAGCGCCCCCUGGGUCAAGAAGGGGCAGGACUUUGCCCGCGCGCAGUGGGAGACCAACGGACAGCCUCAAGUUGCCCGCAUCCAAGAGCUCACACAUUCACGCUAUGACCAGUCCAUCGCUCCGCACCUGACCAGGGCAAGCGAGGCUGUUGGGCCAUACUACGACAUCGCAAAGACCAACGGACUACAGCUUUACUAUGACUAUCUCCUACCGAGCUACGAAUUCGUACAGCCAUAUGCAGUCCAGGGCUAUGACGCCGCGUCCGGCUUCACCACCGACACGGCGCUCCCUGCGGCCUACUGGGCCUGGAACAAGACAAAUGUCUUCCUCGAUACCACCGUGUGGCCUCAGCUGCGCGUGCUUUACGUCGACAACGUGGAGCCCCAGCUGGUGCGCAUUGGCGAGCGCCUCGGACGGUACAAGAACCAGACUAAGUCGAGGGUGCUCCGGGAAAAGGCGUUUAGCGCGGCGCCCGAUGCUGUCUCGUCCUCUUUCAGCAAGCCGACGCCCCAGAGCUCGACCGCGCCUUCGGCAACGGCCGACGAGCCCACGGUCGCUGCGACUACGGACACCGAAGAGCCUACCGAGACUCCCAGCAACUACGCGAACCCCGUCGAGGCCCCACCGCCCACUGAGAACGAGAGCGACAAGCGCCGCAGGGCUCGGGAGAUGGUUGCCCAGGAUCUCGAGCUGUGGCAGAAUAAGUUUGCCGCGCAGGCCGAGGAGGGCGCUGCCGAUAUGGAGGACCGCGUUGACGAAAUCGCUCGCCGCAUGGUUGAGGAGAACGUCAAGGGCACCGGCAACGGACUGGUUAAACAGCUCGAGGCGACCAUUGACUCUGAACUCGCGGCGCUCAAGACCAAGAUCUCAUCCAUCGUCGAGGAAGGCUCCGAGAAUGCGGAAGAAAAGGCCGUCGCCGCCGUCCGAGCCGCUGGCGUCGCCAUUAAGAAGGCGGCCCAGAUUAUCCGCGGCUGGCGGGAGGACUACGACGCCGAGCUGCAGGAGACGGUCAUCGGUGCUGCCGACGUCCACUUCCAGAUCCUCGACGAAACCAGGGGUCUUGCUCUCCAGCAGAUUGGCAUGAAGUGGGCGUGGACCGACGGCGUGACGUACAAGGACUGGGCCAAGUACCACGAGCUCAAGAACACGCUCACGCAGUGGACCGACGAGCUCAAGCAGCUCAUCGUCACGCACCCGACUCUGCUGGAGGCUCAGGACGCCUCCGCUCAGGUCGAGGACGAGGGCAUGACCAUGGCUGCUACGGCGGCGCGAGAGCUCGGAAGGCUUAAGGAGGUGGCGCGGUGGAAGAUCUUGGCCAAAGACGCCACCGACAACUUCGAGUCCGAGGCCAUGCGGCUGGCGGCAGAGGCUGCGCAGAAGAAGCAAGAGGUGGAAGAGACGGUUGCCGAGCAAUUGGACGAGGCACAGCAAGUUCUUGGUGACGCCGCCGAGGCGGGAAGCCUGUCGGUGGAGGACCUCUCCAGCGCCGUUGAGGAGGCUGCGACGGCCACGGCCGAGCAUGUCGCCGAUGCCGCCUCUUCAGCUACGUCGGUGGUCGUGGACGAAGCGAGCGUGGUCGCCGAGGCGGUCAAGGAACAGCUCAGCGCGGCCAGCAGCAUGGCAUCCAGCGUUGCCUUUGGUGAGAAGACCGAGGAGACGCCCGUGGCACGAGAAGAGCCUGCCGAACCUAUAGAAGAGCCUAUUAUCCUCGGCUCGCCGGACGAGAUUGGAGACACAGACUCGACAGAAACGACGGCGGCGGUGCAGGAGAAACCGGCGGACACGAUAAUCCCAGAGGCCGCAGAGGCGGACUAUGCUGCUGAAGAGCAGACUGAGUCGAGCACCGAGCCAAAGGACGAACCAUCGCAGCCAAGCGAAACACCAACAGUACACGCAGCCAUGUUCGGCGCCGCCGCGCAGAAAGUCUCUCAGCGCGGCCCGAUCCUGGAUGACGAGCCCGAAGGCGACCUUAUCGGAAGCGCUACGAGCGCUGCACAGGACGCCUACUCCAACGCUGUGUCGCUGGCGUCGGACAAGUACUCGAGCGCCAUGUCUAUUGUCUCGGCGCAGGUCUACGGAACGCCCAAGCCGGUUCACGAUCAAUUGUUUGCUUCCGUGUCUGCGGCAUACGACAACGCGGUCGCGGCCGCCAGCCACAAGCUGAAGGACGCGGUGCAGGCUGCUUCGACGGGCAUCUACGGCAAGCCCACGCCGACAACCACCUCGCCCGUCAACUGGCACAAGGUCGAAGCGAUCGCGGCACAGCGGCUCAACGAGGGGCGCAUGUGGGCCGAGAUCCAGUACCACAGCGCUCUGCUGGCGAUGGGCCUGGCGACUCCGACACCGACUUCCGGCUCCGAGAAGCUCGUCAACCAGGCUAAGCUGCAGUACUAUGCUGGCCUCGGGCUGGCGCAGGACCGGUACAUGAGCUUCAUCUCGGCGGCUUCGGCGGCUUGGUCCUCGGUCACGGCAACGCCGACGCCGACGGACUUCGUUGGCUCCGCAUCGUCGCUGGCUUCGGUCGCGAGCGAGUCUGCGUCCUCGGUCGCUAACGCCGCAGGAGAGGCUGCCGGAUCUGCCUACUCGGCGGCGACCGAGGGCGUCGUGUCGGCGGCCAAGGAGGUCGAAGACUCUUUUGCGUCUGUCGUGGACGCGGCUGGGGAGCAAAUCUACAUUGCGGGCUCCGCCAUCGCCGAGCGGUGGGACAACAUCGUGGCUGAGAUUAGUGGCAACGUCUAUGGUGAGCCCACCGCCAUCGGCUGGUUCGAGGGGCUCAUCGACGGCGCCGCCUCGGCGACCAAGACUGUCGGCGAGGGCGUGUCGUCGGCGACAGACGCAGCCAUCACGGCGCGGGCCAAGGCCGAGGACCAGUACUCCGCGGUGGGAGAGAUGCUGUCGGAGCUGGUGAGCGGCAAGGAGCCGGCUUUCACGGAGAGCGUGUGGUCGCGAUUCCAGGCCGUGUACUCGACGGCGUCGGCCAGCGCGAGCAGCGUGGCCAGCGAGGCGAGCGCACGGGCCGCGAGCGUGGGCUCCAAGGUGGGCAGCGCGGCGAGCCAGGCGACCGAGGCCGUCAAGGAGUCGGUGCAGCACGCCAAAGACGAGCUGUGA